AUGAAGGCCUGGACAUUUGGUUCCCUCGUGGCUCUUGCGGCCCCAGCAAUCGCCUCUGACUGCCACUGUUUGCCGACAGACAGCUGCUGGCCUGCUCCCUCCGCCUGGAAUGCCCUGAACUCUACUGUGGGUGGUAGCUUGGUGGCGACAGUGCCCAUUGGCAGCCCCUGCCACGCUCCCCAUUACGAUGGCGCUGCCUGUGCAGCUCUCAAGGCCGCCUGGUACAAGCCAGAGCCUCACUUCGACUCUUCCUCGUCUGUGAUGCAAACUUACUUCGCCAACCAGACUUGCGACCCUUUCACUGCCAAGUCUAAGCCUUGCACUCUCGGAAACUACGUGAGCUACGCCGUGAAUGUGUCUUCCAGCGACCAAGUCAUCGCUGCUGUGAACUUCGCUCGCGAGAACAACAUUCGCUUCGUUAUCCGUAACACCGGCCAUGACUACCUUGGUCGCUCUACUGGUGCUGGUGCCCUCUCUGUCUGGACUCACCACCUGACCGACAUUGAGUACCAAGAUUGGUCCGGCCCCUACUACCAGGGUCCUGCAUUCAAGGUUGCUGCCGGUGUGGUCGGUUACCAAAUUCUCGAGGCCGCUCAUGCCAAGGGUCUCGUCGUUGUUACCGGCGAAUGUCCCACGGUCGGCCUCGCGGGUGGUUACACCCAGGGUGGUGGUCACUCGGCUCUCAGCACUGAGUUUGGUCUUGGCGCUGACAACACCCUCGAGUUCGAGGUUGUCACCGCUGCUGGUGAGUUGGUCAAGGCCUCUCGCACCGAGAACGAGGACCUCUUCUGGGCUCUGAGCGGUGGCGGCGCCGGUAACUACGGUGUUGUCAUCUCCAUGACUGUCCGUGCUUACCAGGACGCACCUAUCUCCGGUGCCUCUCUGCAGCUUGGUGCGACUGGAAUCAGCACCGAUACUUUCUACGAGGCUGUUUCUCAGUUCCACUCUCUGUUGCCUGCCAUGAUCGACCAGGGUGUGACCGUUAUCUACCAGAUGACAUCCAGCUUCUUCAUGAUUGCCCCCAUCACUGCCUACAACCAGACCACCGAUGAUGUCAAGGCCAUUCUCGAGCCCUUCACAACCGCUCUCACCAAGCUCAACAUCACCUACAAGACUGCCUUCACCACGUACGACUCGUACUACGACCACUACAACCACUACAUGGGCCCUCUUCCCUGGGGUAACCUGGAUGUGGCUACUUACCAGUACGGUGGCCGUCUGAUGCAGCGCCAGAACCUCGAGGAGAACUACAACGGCAUCGCAGCUGCCCUCCGCACUAUCACCCAGGCCGGUGUCAUCGCUGUCGGUGUUGGUAUGAACGUUUCCGCCCCCACCAACGUAUCCAACGCCAUCUUCCCUGCUCUGCGCAACGCCGCCGUGACGAUGCAGAUCGGUACCCCUUGGAACGAGACUGCCCCAUGGUCCAAGAUGGUCGAUGAUCAGUUCAAGAUCACCAACGAAUAUGUGCCCCAGCUCGAGAACGCUACUCCCGGUAGCGGAACUUACCAGAACGAGGCCAACUUCCGCCAGUUGAACUGGAAGGAGACUUUCUUCGGCAGCAACUACAACCCUCUGUUGACCGUCAAGCAGAAGUGGGAUCCUGAAUCAUUCUUCUAUGCUCUUAAGGCUGUCGGCAGUGACGCCUGGACUGUCUCGGAGUCUGGUCGCAUGUGCCGAUCCUCUACGGCCACUCGUAGCACCGGUGCAUGCCGUGCUUAA